AUGGCUCUGUUUACUGUCAUGUUGUCUCUUCUUUUCCUCCCCAUCUCGGUUCUCGCCCAAAAUGCCCCCAUCACCCAGAACAAUCCCAAGAUGGCCACCUUCCAAGCUGUUCUGCAAAUCGACAAACCGGUCCAAGGUCAAAUCACAGGCGUGUCCAACGGCAAUGGCACCGGCGUCAAUUUCAACAUCAACUUUUAUGCAUUUCCAGUCGAGGCGUCAGCCGGUCCCUACAAAUACCACAUCCACGUCAACCCCGUCCCCUCCGACGGCAACUGCACCGGCACCGGCGGCCACUUGACCCCCUACGGCCGCAACGACACUCCCCCCUGCGACGCCUCUCAACCCUCCACCUGCCAGCCCGGCGACCUGAGCGGCGAACACGGCUCUAUUGAACUUGCCGACCAGGCCAAGAACUUCCAAGUCACCUAUCUUGACGCCUAUGUCUCGACAGAUCCAAAUUCGCCUGCCUUUUUCGGUAAUCGGAGCAUUGUUGUUCAUGCGGCCAAUGGGACGAGAUUGAACUGUGGCAAUUUCACUCAGCAGCAGCCAUCUACUAACAAUAACAACGCGACAUGGACUUCGUGUGCGACUCCAAGUGGAACUGCGACUGCGACGGGGACUGCGACGGGGACUGCGACUGGGUCAAAGUCGGCAGGGCCAAGUAUUGCCAGUUCUACUGGAGCGGCGAUGGCUUUGGAGGUUCCGCAAGGGGUCUGGUUGGGUUCUGUUGGUGGAUUGGUCCUUGCUGCGGCGGUGAUGGUGCUGGGUUGA